AUGGCUCAAAGAGGAGCUCAGCUGGAUCCACGAAAGUUAUCUUGUUCCAUCUGUCUGGAUCUCCUGAAGGAUCCGGUGACGGUUCCCUGUGGACACAGCUACUGCAGCCGCUGUAUUCAAAGACACUGGGAAGAAGAUGUCAGCGGAUUCUACAGCUGUCCUCAGUGCAGGAAGAGGUUCUUGGUGAGGCCUGACCUGACGAAGAACAUCCUGUUAGCAGAGUUAGUGGAGGAUCUGAAGAACACUGAACUCCAAGCUGCUGCAGCUGAUCUCUGCUCUGCUGGACCUGAAGAUGUGUCCUGUGAUGUUUGCUUUGGGAGGAAGCUGAAAGCCGUCAAGUCCUGUCUGGUCUGUGUGGCCUCUUUCUGUGAAAAACACCUUCAACCUCACUACAAAGCAGCUCCCCUGAAGAAACACCAGCUGGUGGAGCCCUCCAAGAAGCUCCAGGAGAGGAUCUGCUCUCUUCACGAUGAGGUGAUGAAGAUUUUCUGUCGCACUGAUCAGCAGAGUAUCUGUUACCUCUGUCUGAUGGACCAACACAGAGGACAUGAAACAGUCCCAGCUGCAGCAGAGAGGAGGCAGAAGCAGAAGAAGCUGGAGGAGAGUCGACUAAACAUCCAGCAGAGAAUCCAGGAGCGAGAGAAAGAUGUGAAGCUGCUUCAGCAGCAGAUGGAAAAGCUGGAGCAGCGGAUCACUGUGCUGAAGAGGAAAGACAACCAGCUGGAGCAGCUGGCUCACACAGAGGACCACACCCAGUUUCUAUUGAGAGCCACUAAAGAGGAGCUUUUUCUGCCACAACCAGAGACCAGAGCAGACAUCUUACAAUAUUCACUGCAGAUCACACUGGAUCGAGACACUGUACACAGCAGGCUGUUAUUGAGUGAUGAGGACAAAAACGUGUCUUAUUUCAGAAUUGUUUUGCCUUAUUUAUACCAUCCAGACAGAUUCACUGAUGAUCUUCAGGUUCUAAGCAGUGAGAGUCUGAUUGGACGUAGUUACUGGGAGGUGGAGUGGAGAGGAAGAGGAGUGAUUGUUGCGGUCUCAUACAGGAACAUCAGCAGAUCAGGGAGGGGAAAGACAUGCGUCUUUGGAUUUAAUAACAAAUCUUGGGCUUUAAUUUGUCACUCUAACGGUUUCAUAUUUUGUCACAACACCAUCCAAACUCCCAUCUUAGGUCCUCUGUCCUCCAGAGUGGGAGUGUACCUGGAUGACACAGCAGGUAUUCUGGCUUUCUUCAGUGUCUCUCAAACCAUGACUCUCCUCCACACAUUCCAGACCACCUUCACUCAGCCGCUAUACGCCGGAGUUGGAAUUUGUCCUGAUGAUGGAAGUUCUGCAGAGUUCCUGAAACCUCAGUAG